AUGACUAGUGCCAUAGGUCUGGUGUUUGAUCCAUUAGAUGAUCGCCAAGGAAAAACAUACAAGUUCAUGAUUGUCCAUGCAUUGCCAACCCCUACCAUAAACGAUACUUUAGUUGAGUUCCAUUUUAUCUCUUUUUCCUCAGAUACGGGUCGGUGGGUCAUGUCAAAUAAUAUGAUUACUGCAAACAUGGAAAAGGUAGAAUGCCAAAAGGUGGUAUAUUCAAGUGGUAUUCUAUAUUGGGACUAUCAAGAGGAUCUACUUUGGUUUGAUGUUGGAAGAAGUGCAGUUGGGAGCAUCAAGAUGCCUUGGAAGCUACCAGGGUUCCAUGUUGAUGAGGGCCAUAGCAUUGAUGUCUCUAGCAAUGGUAUGCUCAUGUGUACAACCAUUAGCAAGGAUGGUUUGGCCAUGUACCAGCUUGUGAGUAUAGGUGAUUACCAUUGGGAGCUCAAGCAUAUGAAAGGAUGGAAGAGCAUUAUGGAGAUGUGUUGCGAUGAAUUCCAAUUUUGCCAUUCAAUGAAGCUACGUAAUGGGUGGCAAAACAAGUUUUAUGAGAGGUGGUUUGUGUAUCCACUCGGUCUAGAGAGUGGGAGGUGGGUUUAUAUUGGGGUGAGGCAAAAAUGGAAGACGUCAGACAAAGUAUUACGUUAUGACAUGGACACAGGCAUGGUGGAAAAUACUGGGAAGGAAUUGGGCUGUGCGUCUUGCUUUGUGUUUGCUGAUUUACAGCUCGACGGGCUUGCUUGUGGCUUGCCACCGGCUCGGACAGCUCGUUCUCGGAUCACCAGCAACUUGAAGGAUUGA